AUGCAAGAUAAAUCGAAUACAAAUUCAAGUGUCCAAGAAUCAUAUUCUCCUAAGAAGCCAGCUGAUGGUGGAGAGAAAAAGAAGAGAUCCAGAACUCGAAAGUACAGUGAUGCUCAAAGAGAACACAAGUGUGAGUGCGGGAAGUCAUACUUGAGUUAUCCUGCACUCUACACACACAUAAAAUAGAAACAUAAUGGGGUUUUCAAAUUACUUAAUACUGUAGUAGUAAUCUUUGAAGAACCUGGAUGAACAAAGGUUGGAAUCAACAUUUUCAGAGUCACAAACAUAAGACAUCUUUGCCACUCUUGCCAAUGCCUUAGGUAAGGAUGAAGAUAAACCACAGGCAUCCUUAAAUAUUCAAGAUAUGUACGAUCUAAUUAUGUGGGAAGUGUAGUUAUAAAUUAUGGAGACUGAAAACAAGGAAAUCAAAUUUGAUUACUAUCAUGAACUAAUAAAAUCUACACAACCUAAUGAUGUAACUACUCCUCAAGAUGCUUUUAUUAAGUUUAUUCAUGAAGUCAAAGGAGUCCUUAGUUUUGAUUAGAUGAAAUUUAUCUUUCUCUUUGUGUACUCCUUUCGAAAACUUCUACUUGAUUGUCCAGAAUGUCCUACUAGUGGAUUAGUUGAAAAAGCUAACUAAUUAAUUUGUUCUCAAUUGGAUAAAGUACUCUAAAGUAUACAAUAACUAUCAAAUCGAAAUUACAUAGUACCUUUAUGUAGAUCAGCUAAUCUAAGAGAAAUAAUGAUCCAAAUAGUACUUGGAUUUUGUAAUUGGUUAUAUGCUCGUCAUUUAACUGAUGAUAAAUUACUCUUGAAGAGCGAUUCUGAUUGA